UCUCUGUUGUUGACAGCGCCUCUGAUUUCUUCUUCCUCUUCUUCCAUAACUCUCCCCAACUUCAGCUCCAAUUUGAAAGCCUCUUCAGCUCAAUUAUUUACAUUCAAUCAUGCCAAACAAUGCUAAGUGGGACGAUGAUACACAUAUUAUAUUUCUUGAGUUGUAUGAGCAAGAGGUUAGAAAAAGAAAUAGACCAAACACUUACUUAAAUAAAGAUGGUUGGAAAAGUAUUGUUGACGAGUUCUGUAAGAAGACGGGGAAAGACUAUGAUAAAAAAAAUGAAAAAUUAUUGGGACUACAUGAAAGACGAAUGGACACUUUUUAAACAGUUGAUGAGAGGGGAGACAGGUUUAGGAUGGGAUGCCACAAAAAAUACGAUUAUGGCAGAUGAUGAUUGGUGGGAGCGAACAAUUAAGGAGAAUGCAAAAUAUAAGAAAUUUAGGAACAAAGAUCUUUCGCUCAUAUGGUUUCGCUACGAUGCAUUGUUUGCUGAUGUUAUUGCCACAGGAGAAAGAGCACGUGCAGCAAAUCAAGAACCGGCAUUGGACUUAAUCUCGAUGAAGAAGGGAUAAAUGUUAUUGAUGAUUGUGACAAAGAACACUUUACUUAUAUUAAUGAUGAAAUGAGCGAUGAAAGUGAUGAUCUACAGAAUAUAAAUUCUGUUAUGUUUCCAGAGUCAUCACUAAAAAGACAAAAACCAACUGAUAGUGUUAGCACCAGUAGUCAAGUAAGAAAGAGUAAGAAAAAAACAGCUGCAACAUUAAUAAAAGAGGAUAUACACUCUCUCAUAGACUUUAUGUCUAGCAAAAGCACUGCUACAUCUCCUGCAAUUGAUGAGACAUCCAUCGAGAAGUGUAUUGGCAUGUUGGGACAAAUUACUGAUAUUCUAGCUGGGAGUGGAAUUUACAGUUUUACUAUGAAUAUACUCCGCAAAAAAAUAACCCACAGUUAUUUUUGGGGAUGCCUACUGAUGAAGCUCGCAAGUCUUGGUUGGAGUUUAACUACCAGUUAUACCUUAAGAAAAAUGGAUAAUGUAUCGUUGUGGUUGAGUCUUUCUAUCAUUCCGUGUUCGAAUAUUGUGAUUAUAUGUGUAAACUUUAUUAUGAUUUUAUGUGUAAACUUUAUAUAUUGCUUCUUGCUUA